AAAAAAAGGGAGGCCUCAAAAAAUGGAAAGAAAAGAAUCUGUGGUGUCCGUUAAUCCGUUAUUCUACUAGCACCUACCAUCAUCACCUCCUUGUCCUCCGCAAAAAACCUUUGCUUUCUUUCUCUCUGCAAAGAAGACUGACAUACAAUGUUACCCUCUUCAGUGUCCUCUUUCCACACUACCAAUGCCCAUUCCACCCCUCUCUCUCCCCUCUCCACUUUCUCUUCCCUCUCUGCCUCCUCCUCCUCUUCUUUUUCAUCAUCUCUCUCUUUCCAACAAUCUUCUCUUCAACAUCGCCAUCUUGUCUCCUUUGGCCCCCGUUCCAAAACCCUUUUCGGGAUAAACUCCAAACCCAAGGGAAUAUUGAGGGUGAGUUGUUCCACAAGUGGGCCUUUGAAGGUGAUGAUAUCAGGUGCACCAGCAUCUGGCAAAGGCACUCAAUGUGAACUAAUUGUCAAGAAGUUUGGAUUGGUGCACAUAUCAACUGGUGAUCUUCUAAGAGCUGAAGUAUCUGCGGAGACAGAAAUUGGCAAUAAAGCAAAAGAGUUCAUGAAUGCCGGUCGUCUGGUUCCUGAUGAAAUUGUGACAGCUAUGGUGACAGCAAGAUUAUCAUUGGAAGAUGCAAAGGAAAAAGGAUGGCUUCUAGAUGGCUAUCCACGGAGUUCUGCCCAAGCAGAAAGUCUUGAAAAACUGAACGUUAGGCCAGAUAUCUAUGUUGUAUUGGAUGUACGUAAAACAAUGAUGCUAUCUUUGCUUAUGAUAAUGCCAGACAAUGAUAUUGCUCCACUUCCAAUGAGAUGUGUUGGUAGAAGGCUUGACCCAGAGACAAGAAAGAUUUACCAUGUGAAAAAUUUCCCUCCUGAGACCGAAGAAAUUAAAGCAAGACUUAUAACCCGUCCAGAUGACACUGAGGAAAAGGUAAAGGCACGUCUUGAUAUAUACAAGAAAAAUGCAGAAGCGAUCUUGUCCACCUACUCAAACAUUAUGGUUAAGCUUGAUGGAAACCGGUCAAAAGAAGUAGUCUUCAAAGAAAUAGAUUCUUUGUUAUCUCAAGUGCAGAGAGAUGAAGUAAAAUUGGUAAAAUCUGAAAAUUCAGUUCCUGAAAGUGGAAGUCGCUCUAGUCAGGCAUCAGUUAGCCAGGAUAAAUGGAGAGGAAUUCCCACUAGAUUAAAUAAUAUCCCUCAUUCCAGAGAAAUCAGGAAUUAUUUCUACGAUGAUGUGCUGCAAGCCACACAGAGAGCUGUAAAUGAUGGUAGAACAAGACUAAGGGUGGACAUUAACAUUCCAGAGCUGAACCCGGAAAUGGAUGUUUAUCGGAUAGGUACCUUAAUGGAACUUGUUCGAGUCAUUGCUCUUUCAUUUUCAGAUGAUGGAAAGCAUGUCAAGGUUUGUGUUCAAGGGUCUAUGGGGAAAGGUGCACUUGCUGGAAUGCCUUUGCAACUGGCCGGUACUCGAAAUAUUCUGGAGUUCAUGGAUUGGGGUGAUUAUGGUGCCAAGGGAACCUUCAUCAAGAUUGGUUCUAUAGGGGAACAGGAGGUCAGCGAAGAAGAUGAUAUGUUCAUCUUAGUGGCUCCUCAAAAUGCAGUAGGGAACUGUAUCAUAGAAGAUCUAAAAGCCAUGACUGUUGCUGCUGGGAGCCGACCAGUUAUUCUUAUUAAUCCAAAGCUCAAGGACUUACCUGGUUCAAGUGGUAUUAUGCAAACAAUGGGCCGGGACAAGAGACUGGAGUAUGCUGCUUCCUUUGAAAGUUGCUAUUUCUUCCGCCUUCUCUAUUAUGCAGGAACUCAGUAUCCUAUUAUGGGAGCUCUCAGGAUGUCUUACCCCUAUCGUUAUGAGCUAUACAAGAGAGUGGAUCAACCAUCAGGGACAGAGAAGUACAUGAUCUUGUCAACAUUUUCUGAAAAGCCAAGUACUGAUGAUGUAAACGAUGCAUUCAUGGGGAGACCUAGAAAUGGAGCUAAGAAAGCCUCAGGAUUUUGGGGCUUCUUGAGUAGUGUUUUCUGAGCGGAAAGGACUUUUUCACGUCAAUAUCUCAGAAUUUGCGAGAGUAACCGUGAAACCUUGGAUAUGGUUUGAUGAGCUUAUACUGAAUAGGUUUUUUUUUUUUUUUUUUUCCAGUAUAUCAUAGCCUUAUGUAAAGAACUGAUGUUUCUCUUACAUAACUCAAGAACAGUAUAUAUUGGUUGUCUUAACCUGCUUUUGAAGUUCAUUUGAACUGCCUAUAGUCAUGCAAACUGCAAUCUUAGCAAGUGGGGAGUGGCAUAUAGGCCAUAUAAUACUUGUUGAACUAACAGUUCAUCUAUUUCUUUUGUGAUAAAAAAAAUUUCACAUGGGUUAUUGGUAA